AUGCCUGGAAGAAAAGUCAGAAAGAGCACUGGUAUCGUCAAACAACGCCGUAAUGAAGACGUCGGGCUAGCGGAGGAGCUAGCUGGUUCAGAAGAGGAAUUAGCGGAGGAGCUAACAUCAGAUACGGUGCGGGUUGGACAGAAAAUGUCAGACUUGGAUACAGUUCUGCGUGAGAUAAGAGAAUUCAGACGGGAAACGGUGGAGAGCCUGAACGCCAUCAGGGAAGAUAUUAGGAAAGCAAACUGUAGGAUUGAUGUGACUGAGAAACGGAUUGGGGAUACGGAGGAGCGUAUCCAGUAUAUGGAGGAGGCGACAUGUGAGCUCAUUCAAUUUUGCAAGAAGCUGAAAGAGAAACAAGUAGACCAGGAAGGAAGAGCCAGAAGAGACAACGUUCGAUUACAUGGGAUUAAAGAGGGAGCAGAAAAGGAUGCCGAGUCUGGGUGGGGUCACCACGUGGCAGCAGUUCACUUACAUAGUGACCCCGUGGAAGUUUGCCACAACCAUUUCCAACUUUUUCAGCAGAACGUCCCCUCCCCGCCGUGCAGUGCCUGGAACUAUGAACACUGGGAGGGGAAUAAGACAAGGACCAGUUUCGAUAGCCUUCUCGCUUCAAGCUUCGUGGCCGCCUUCGAGAAGCCCAUCUCCUCCAGUAUCCUGUAG